CGCAACUCGCGCGCGGUGCCGGUGCCGGCGCGGUGCGGGAUUCCAAACCUAGGACUCACUCCUCCCCUCCUCUGAGGCUCCAUCCAACCAAGCACAGCGCCGCUUGUCCCCGCUCCCUCCCACUUCCCCGCCGGAUCCUCCACCCGCUGCCCGCUCCUCACUUCGCCGUCGCGGCCGCAGCUCGUCUCUAGGUCUAGCGGCGUGGAGAGAUCCAUACGGACGCGGCUUGGCUUCUUCUCCUGUCGAUACGCCAGCGGAGGAUUGCUACGUUUGGGAGUUUGGGAAGGAUGAGCAAAGGCCCAGUUCCGUUCCUCAACAUUGGGAAGAGGGCAAAAGAUCUUUUGUACAAGGACUACAAUUUUGACCAAAAGUUUUCUUUGUCGACAUCCAGCAGCUCUGGUCUGGGUCUCACGGCCACUGGUGUGAAGAUCAAUGAAGACUUCAUUGGUGACAUACGGACACAACAUAAAAGUGGUAGAACAACUGUUGAUGUCAUAAUUGAUAGUGAUUCUAAAGUGUCAACCACUGUCACCGUUGAUGAAGCACUCACUGGUUUGAAAACUUCAUUCAGCUUCAGGGUUCCUGAUCACAAGUCUGGGAAGCUUGAUCUGCAAUACAUCCACAAUCGUUUUGCACUGAAUUCGACCAUUGGUUUGGCAUCAACACCUUUGGUUGAGCUGGCUGCAACUAUUGGCGCAAGUGAACUUAGCAUUGGUGCUGAGGUUGGGUUUGACAGUACCUCAGCUUCUGUUACUAAGUACAACUCAGGGAUCCAAUACAACAAAUCGGAUUUCUCUGCCGUCUUACUAUUGGCUGAUAAAGGGGAGACAUUAAAGGCUUCUUAUAUUCACUUAUUCAAUCCAACCAAUGGAGCUACAGUAGCAGCUGAGGUAAUACACAAGUUGAAAACAAAGGAGAACUAUUUCACCAUUGGGAGCUCCCAUGCCCUUGAUUCCUCAACAUUGCUGAAGACGAGAUUCAGCAACUCCGGGAAAGUCGGACUUUUCUGUCAGCAUGAGUGGAGGCCAAAGUCCCUUAUGACUCUUUCAGCUGAGUAUGAUCCGAAGGUGGUACGUUCACCUUCAAGAUUCGGUGUGGCUAUAUCGCUCAACCCUUGAGUCACAUCACAUCCUGUACAACAGUAUAAGCGUUACAUACUGCCUCCAAGAUUCAAUUUGGAGCGAUACCUAGAAAAGCUCUCCCAUUUUUAGCCUUUUUGGUAACAAUCCUGGCCGAAGGAGUAUUGUCUGGGAGUUGGACUUGUUUUGUGGAAUGCUUCCAUCAGAGCCAACUCCACACCGAGAAUUGAAAAUACAGAGGUUUGUGUUAGCACAGAAGCUUACUGCCUACUCUUUGCAAUUUUUUUCCUGUUUCGCUACUCAACAAAACAUGAUUUUGGAGGCCACUACACGCCUAAAGGCUCGAAGAUCAUGAGGAUAGUUGACAAAUCUGAUGAUAAUGGACCACUUGCUCCCUACUACUAAAGAGUGAAUGAUUAAACUU